AUGAUUUUAUGCAUGAUUGAUGGUAAAGUCUGCAAUUGUUUAACUGGAACCAAAUCUAGUCAAACAUGUUAUAUAUGCGGAGCUCAGCCUAAAGAUAUGAACUCCUUAAAUUUUGCAAAUAAACAGACAUCAGAAGAAGCUCUUAGUUUUGGUCUUUCUACACUACAUGCUUGGAUUAGAUUUUUCGAGUGUUGUUUGCAUGUAGCUUACCGAUUAACAAUCAAGUCUUGGCAAGUGAAGUCUGGAAAUAAAAACGAAAUGUUAGAAAGAAAACAACAGAUAAUCAAUAAUUUUAAGAAAGAAUUAGGAAUAUUAAUAGAUCAGCCCAAACCUGGUUCUGGUUCCACGAACACUGGAAACACUGCUAGAAUAUUUUUUAGAAAUUACCAAAAAUCAGCAGAAAUAACCGGAAUUAACCUAGAACUGCUACGAAGAUUUUAUAUUAUUCUUCAAGUUAUUUCAUGUGGAUUUGAAGUGGACGUUGAAAAAUUUAAAAUCUAUACAACGAAUACUGCAAAGCUUUAUGUUUCCUUAUAUUCAUGGUAUUACAUGCCACCAAGUAUGCAUAAAAUUCUCAUUCAUGGAGCAGAGGCAAUAAAACAUGCAAUAGUUCCUAUUGGUCAAUUGGGAGAGGAAGCACAAGAAGCGAAAAAUAAAGAUUUUAAGUUUAUACUGGAGCAUAUGUCUAGAAAGGAUUCUUCAGUGCAUACUAAUCGUGACAUUUUUAACUACCUUUUGCUAUCAUCAGAUCCAUGUAUUUCCUUUUUUUCAGUUAAAAAAGCAAAACAAAACAAAUUGAAAUUAUCCAAAGAAGCCCUAGAUUUAUUAAAAGCACCUUCAAUAAAUGCAUCUGAAUCUUCUGAUUUAUCUGAUCCAGAAAAUAUGGACGGUGAUUAA